AUGGAUGUCAGCGACAUCACGCCGCAACUGGAUCGGCUUGAAGAGGCGCUCCAUAAGGCAGGGCAGUCGCUCGAGCCGCUGCUGGGCGACAUUGGUGACAUUUCGUCCAAGCUUCCCCUUCUAGACAAGGCAAAUCUCUACGUCUUGGUUGCCUACGCGAUAGAGGCGCUCCUUUUCUCAUCAUUACGCCUGAACGGGGUCGAUACUACGAACCAUGCCAUCUUCACCGAGUUGACCCGCGUAAGGCGGUAUACAGAAAAGAUCCAGAAACUCGAAACCCCGCCAGCAGAACGCGAGAACACGGUCAAUACCGAGGCCGCAGCCCGGUUCCUCAGGUCUGAUCUUGGCGAUAACAAGGACAUCAAAGCAAAGUUAACCGAGCUCAUUGCCAGCGAGCGGCAGAAGGCGGCACGUCAGGCCGCUGAAAAGAAGCGACCAGCAGACGAGCCUGCUGCGGAGAGUAGUGGCGUCGAGGCUGGCGAGAAGCUCUGGUUCAUGGUCAGGGCAGGGCAUCCCUUCACGAUGCCUCCAUUCGUCGUUUAA